AUGACCUCCUACUACGACUACUUCUUCAAAACUGAACCCACCAACGCCUAUCCUCUCUUAACCCAACUCGCGGCCGAGAUUUCAAUGGCCAUGCAUAACUUUUCGGACGAGAUCAGGAUAUUGGCGUUCACCGUACUUUGGUGCAUCUUGGUGACUUUAGUAUCGCUGAUCCUAUUUUGCGACUUGUUGAAGAUAUUGCUGCGGUGGAGUUGGGGGGCAGUUGCUAUGCCGACGAAUGAUAAUUAUAAUGCUGAGACGUCGGAGGGCGGCUGUAGCAAUUCUAAGGAGUGA